GCUGGACUUCCGAGUCUCGAAGUUUAUGGAACUUUACACACUUCGAUAAACUGCGUAUAUAAGUUCUUGCUACUCCUCAUCCUGUACACACUCAACUACUCUACCACAGAAGUUCUAGUAAAAGCCGACGCCAAAAGACUUACCAGGGUUUAUCAACAACCACCGUCACCCAUCAUCGUACCCCUCCUGUGUCGCCAUCUUCGUCCCAUCGAACCGCUUAGCCGAGUGACGACCAACAAGACAACUACAAAACGCUCCAUUACCUCGGCCUCCUCCUCAUCCUCCUCACGUCUCUCUCCAUGGCCUUUCAGAUGCCCGGGUUCCUAUCUCGGUUCCUCCGACCAUUGUCCUCGUCCCCCCACAUGUCCCUCCAACCCGACGCCCUGGCCGUGGCGCAGUUCCCCGCCAACUCCCAACGGGCCAUCUUCGCCGGGGGCUGCUUUUGGGGUCUGGAGGAACUCUACCGCAAGGACUGGGGCAACGGUAAAGGGUUGCUGGACUGCCGCGUGGGAUACACUGGCGGAAAGACCGAGGCCCCCUCGUACGAGGCCGUGUGUUCGGGGAGGACGGGCCACGCCGAGUCGCUCCUCGUCGUCUUCGACCCGGACAGGGUCACGUACCGACAACUGGUCGAGUACUUUUUCAAGAUGCACGACCCGACGACCAUGAACCGGCAGGGGGCCGACACGGGCACCCAGUACCGGUCCGCCGUCUUCGCCGAGGACGACGAGCAGGCCAAGAUCGCGACCGAGGUGAAGGAAAAAGUCGGCGAGCAGUGGUACAAGGGAAAACCCAUCACCACGGAAAUCCUGAGAGCCACACAGUGGUACGACGCUGAAGACUACCACCAGGAUUACCUCAAGAAGCAGGAGAUGAAGGGCGGCUACGGUUAUCAUUGCCCUGCUCACUUCGUGAGACCUUUUCCCGAGUUGAAGUGAAGUGCGCGGGGACUCUUCUCAACCUCGAGGAAACCUCCCCCAAAAGGUGUGGUGAUCCUGGGGAUCGUGACGAUUGCUUUAUGUGGUGUAUGAUGUAGAAUAUGAUUAAAUACCUAGGUACAAAGAUUUGCAAUAUUUCGACUUUGA